UUAUACUGAUGUGGAUCCAAUCAAUAAUCCAUUACAUGUACCUGAAUGACCAAUCACAAGAAGUAAGGCAAAAAAGAUACAAGAGGCUUUCACACUGCAUGUCCAAAAAGCUUGCAAAUGCACAACGAGAGCUCGAAAAUUUUGAACCCAAAUUUUUGUAUAAUGUUAGUUCAGCAAGUCAAGAAGAGAAUGAAGUCAAUAUGACACGGAAAAAGUUGUGUAGUUUGAAAGAUGGUGCGGAGGACAAAAAAAAGUGUGCAGAAUUUGUGAAGAGGUGGCUGUCCAACUUGCAUCUGUUCGGAAUUAGUGAUGUCAAAGUUGUCAAAUGUUGCCAUUAAUGUAUUUAUUCUAUGGAAUCACACGGGCCUGUUUUCAAAGUAUCUUUCUUUUAUUCCUUUUCUAAAAGAAAAUGGCCAAAGUGAUAGACGAAGGAGAAUAAACAAACCAACAACUUUUGAGAUCUAUUGCUAUUUCUACUCAGUUGCUUGAGCUUGAUUAUUCCUUAAUCCACCAUGGAAACUCCUUAUCCGAACCCCAUUUCUCCCACCAAAACUCGUAUUGGAUGGAUUGGCAUCGGAGUUAUGGGCGCCGCUAUGGCCACUCGUCUCCUCUCCGCAGGUUACUCUCUCUCUCUCUACGCUCGUACCCCUUCCAAAGCUCUUGAUUUACAAUCCAAAGGGGCUCUUCUUGUUAACUCUGUUUUAGAAUUAGCUCAGGUCAGCGAUAUUGUUUUCACAAUGGUGGGUCACCCAUUAGAUGUUCGACAAAAUGUCCUAGACGAGAAUGGGAUCCUACAAGGCUUGAAUCCUGGUGGCGUCGUCGUUGACACCACUAGUAGCCACCCCGCGCUUGCCCGCGACAUAUUUACCGCUGCUCGUGCAAAAGGUUGUUGGGCUGUGGACGCACCGGUGUCAGGGGGUGACAUUGGGGCUAGAGAUGGAAAGUUAGCCAUUUUUGGUGGUGGAGAUGAAGGGGUAGUGAAUUGGUUAUUACCUUUGUUUGAAGUGUUGGGGAAAGUAACAUAUGUAGGUGAAGCUGGGUGUGGGCAGAGUUGCAAGAUAGCAAACCAGUUUCCAAUUUCGGCGAAUUUGUUGGGGCUGAGUGAAGGGUUGGUGUUUGCGGAGCGAGCGGGGUUGGACAUGAAGAAGUUUGUGGAAGCUGUGAGGGGAGGGGGAGCAUGGUCAAUGGCAAUGGAACUGUUUGGUGAGAGGAUGAUAGGAAGGGACUUUAGGCCUGGUGGGUUUGCUGAGUAUAUGGUGAAGGAUUUAGGAAUAGGUGUGGAUGUUGUGGAAGAAGGGGAUGAUGAGAGGGUUGUAGUGUUGCCGGGAGCUCCAUUGACCAAUUUAAUUCCUAAGUUUUAAAAAUUGGAUUUAAAAGCCCCCUCUACAAGGAAGAAUAUUAAAUAUGAGUAAAAAUUGGAGUAAAUGCUAAAGUAGCACAAUGAAACCUUUUUAAAAAAUAUUAUCUCAUCUCUCCUGUCAAUUAGUGGGUUUUAGAGUGUUAGGUUUUUUGGGUCUUUAAAAUGCAAUGAAAUCAGUUAGAGAGAGAGAGGAAGAAGAGAAAAGGAGAGUGGUGUAGUGUAGUGUAGGACCAUAGUUGAUUUAUCUCUUUUCUUUUUUUUUUUCUACACGUAAAAGAGAGAAUGAGAGGGAAGAAAAUGAGAGAGAGAGGAGAGGAGAGAUGAGAUAAUAUUUAAAAAAAAAUGAUUUUUCUCCGAGUCAUUGUGGCAUUUAGUCCAAUUUUUGUUUAAAAUUUAAUAAUAUAUAUUUUUUUUUUUGUAAAGGGACCUUUUAAAUCUUUUCUUUAAAAGAUGAGGAACUAAAAGUACUGGUUCCCCAAAACAGGGGAUUACAAAUGUAUUUUUCCCUUGAACAUUGAUUAAAAGAUACAAGGCUUUGAGUGCUAGUUGUAAAGCUUUCGAGGUUCGGUGUGCUGAUAUUGUUAGUUUUCGGUCAAGUUAAAAUCCUUUGAAAUUUGUCGUUUCCUUUUUUUUUUCUUCUUUGAAUCUCAUUUUACUUCUCUGCAGAAAGUCACAACCACAAUUCAGAAAUAUAUCAUUUUGCAACUGAGGAGAACAGGAAGAGGAAUAGGGGAUUUUCUAAUAAUUCAGAUUUAAUAUUGGAUGAUGGGAUGGAAAAAUUAAAAUCUUCCAAAGUAAGUAAGGAGGAGUUUGUUCAUUUGGAAAGGAUAGAUGCAAACUGAAAAAUGUUGUUCAAGAGCUAGAGCUUCUCACAGGAGUUUUUAACCACGAAGAGCAGAAGAACAUUGUUGAUUAUGUUUACCAUUUACAACAAAAAGGAUGAAGAGCCCAACUUGGAAAGAGUACGUAUUCCGAAACUAGAAAGUGGAUGAGAUAUCAAGGAAGAGUUACCAUUCAAUUUGGAUGCUGCUACAAUUAUGCAAUGGUCUUUGACUUCACUGCUUUCUUAACUACCUUCGUAUUCAUGGUGUUCUUGUUCAGUACAAAUUUCUUCAAACCCCUUUGCUUCCUUAGUUGCCUGUCUUAUUCUAUAUUGUCCUUUUGUAGGAUAAAAAUGGAACUCCACCUUAUUAAACAGUUAAAGAAGAUUAGAACCUGUUUUUAGUUUGUUAGUUAGUUUAACAACUAACAAACUAAUUAUUUACCUUUCUCACAUUUGUACAAAUACCCUUGGGUAAGGCAUUAAUAGAGAUGAGAAAGUCACUUAUAUUUUCCCUUAGACUGUUAAUACACCUGGUAUCUUAAGAGAUGAAGAAGUUGAUCCAUUGCCAUCUUUGUUUAAGAAGAUGAUCAGAGAAUGGUGACAGACUGGUUCUACACUGCACAUGCAUCCCCAAUAGUUGCAUCGUAAACAUAUACAAUGAAGGGAUGUUGCAUUCCUCCACACAUUGAUCACCAUGACUUUCUAAGACCCUUUUGCACUGUGUCAUUUCGAACAGAAAGUAACAUCAUAUUUGGCACUUGACUAAAAGUUGUUAAUCCUGGAGAGUUCUCUGGUCCUGUCUCGAUUCCUUUGCCUAAAGGUUCUGUAUUGAUUUCAAGUGGUAAUGGACCUGAUCUUGCCAAGCAUUGUGUACCUAGUGUCAAAGCUAAAAGGAUAUUGAUCACACUCCGAAAAAAGGAUGAUAGGAAACUUCCAUACAGGUUUUUGCCUGAUCUUGAACUUCAAAGAAUCAGCCGCUGGACUUAUCUAAAUGGCAAGAGAAAGAGAACGAUAAUGAACUAGAGGAAGGUGAAAUUAAAAAAAGUGAGCAUCUCCAUGAUUAUUCACCCAAAACCACUGCAUUUAUUAUCCCAAUGGCAAGAGGACAAAAAUAAGAGCAUUCAAGUGAAGGAAGAUGAAAGAAAACAGAGGAGAGCCAUCCCAAUUAUAAUUCAGUGGAUUUGUCUGAGUGGUAGAAGGAAGAAAAAUAUGAAAGAAAACAGAGAUACCACCAAUACUCACCACAUCCACCCUCUCAACAAACCAAACGUCAGAGGUUUCAAGUUAUUGGCUAUUGAAGAAUCAGAAACUCAGCAUAACAAUUAAGCCCACAAUUUCUCAGAAUCACAAUGACCAUAGUUCAAUAAUGUACCUUCUGUAUCUAUAAAUCACUCUCAAACAGGAAAGAAGAUUGAGUAGUUGAAGUAUGACUUAUAGCAUCUUAGGCAUUAAUCAUGAAAAUUUUCAGUUCCAGAAAUGUACAUUUUUCGUAAGCAGAAUCCAAACAGAAGAAGCUUCUGAAAGUGUUAUCAUAUUUGAACGUAAUGGAAGUAGUUAUUUAUGCAUUAA